AUGCUUGUUUCCAAAAAUUCAGACACUGAAAACGAAAAUAACACAAACUCGUAAACUCCUAGACACAACUUAUCCUUCAAUGCCAUAUAAAAGGAGGAUUGGACUUAAAUUAUGGAAGAAGAAUCUAUAAAUGAUUUCAGGUCAAAGGAUCUAACUUUAGCCUUGUUUUAUUCGGCUCAUCUUACUACCUCAGAUCAUAUCAAUUUAAUCCACAUAUUCUCUUAAUUCAAGGACUUUGAAAUGCCUAACCCCCAAGAACCCAGUGCAUAUUAUGCAGAAUUGAUUGAUCGAGAUGUUGGCAGAACUUAUUAAUGGAUUCCAUAUUUUAAAGAUAAAUAAAACUAGGACUAAUUAAGAAAGCUCCUCCUGAAUUAUGCAGAUUAUGAUCCAGAUGUUGGUUAUGCAUAAGGAAUGAACUUCAUAGCCGGAACUUUAGUUUACUUUUAAGUUCCUUAACCUUAAAAAAUAUUUAAUGAAUUAAUCUAGAAUCAUCGAAACAAUUAUAUCGCUGGAACUCCAGGGUUAUUUGAAAAUUUGGCAAAACUGAAAUUUAAAUUGAAGACUUCCAUUCCAAAAUUAUAUAAACAUCUUCAAGAAAUUGGGCUUAAUGAUUUGGGCAUUUGCUUCAGUCCAUAUUAUCUAACUUUAAUGUUGUAAAAUACACCAUUUUAGUACCACAUGCUCAUCUUGAAUAUUUAUUAACUCAUGGGUUAAAAAUACAUUACAAAAUUGCUAAUAGCAAUGUUGAAGCUUUCUAAAAAUACUAUUAUGAAAUUAAAGGACGUAGAAAGAGUUAACAAGUACAUAAGAACCGAAUUGGCAGUUAACUUUUUCUAAGAAAUUGAAAUCUGCAGAAAAGAAUAAAGACUUAUUCAACUACUAGUUAAUAUUGGAUUAAUUAAGCGUGUUAAUCAAUAUUGA